AUGAAAUUGCUUCACCCUCGAAUCCUAGUCUCCACCCUACAUUUCGCGCUCUUAGCCCUUUCUGGCUUUUUUAUUCCAUCUCUUCAUAAUCCUGGACACAAUUAAAAUGGCGAGCCACCCGACCCGUCCUUCUCCUGUACCCUCAGGGAUUACGGGGUUAAGAAGUAAACGGGGCCUGGGUAUUGUGUCCAGGGUGGGUUUUUUUUACCUUGGUCGGGACACCACGACAAGGUUUUUUUACCUCUCACAAAGACAAGAAGACCAGAGCCGAUGUAUCAGGAGUCAAACUUCAGGACUAGAAGGGAAGUGAGGAAGAUCUUUAUGUGGGGAGCUUCGGGGACCUGAAGGAGACUCCGGGAGGCUACUUUUCUCCCUCCCCGGAAAGGACGGCGCCGGGUCAUUAGACCCCUGAUCAAGGAGUACCUGGGUGAGUCUCCCUGUUAGCUGGCGACGUCACCAUUUUUUGGUGACGUCGACAAAAAAUUGAGUGAGCUACAGGGCCGGUGCAUAGGGCGCAAGCCUGAAGCUGGCAGCGCUGGUAGAGGCUGAAAUAAACCUCCGUGACCCGCUAGAGUUAAUUAAUCUAAUCUAAUCAUAAUCCUGGAGGAAUUCAUUUUCUAUCUUUUUUGGUACUUUUUACUUAGACUCACCGCAAUAACUUCAGUUCUCCUUUAUUUAAUCACAAGUUUCAAAGAUCCAGGGUUCAUUCCUUUAUACUCUGAAGCUUUAACUUCUUCUGAAGCAGCUUUAGCAAUUAAAGAUUCAACUCAUCACAAGCAAACAUCGUCAGUGGCAAGUCAUCUUACAGCAGCUUCAACAACCCACCGAGUAGACUACAAGCAAAGUCCUAGUACUAAUGCAAGUGCGCUUAACCAAGGAAGUAAUCAAAACCCAGUCCAGUCGUCCCCUAAACAAACUGACAUAGUAAACCUUUCUCAAGAAGGGUCUAUUAAUUUUGAAUGCAUGAAUUCAGACAGGCUACAAGUAAGUUUAAGUGAAGAGAACUCAAUUGUAAUUAAUAUUGAUGAGCUGCCUGAAGACGAAAUUGUGGUGUUUAAAAACCAGUCACAUGAAGAAAAUGACGCAAUCGAUGCUGGGGACAGCUCAAUUCCAUCAAUUUUUAGCAAAAACAGUGAAAACGCUGAGCUUGAAGAUAUUAUGGUAAUUGUGCAGCCUAUUGGAGAUUCUGAUUGUCCAAGCUUCCCAUCAAGCGAAAACGAAGUACAUGAAGCUGCUAUGCGGUAUUGCACUGCUUGCCAUAUAGAUCAGCCAAUCAGAGCUAAACAUUGCAGUCAGUGCUCUCGAUGUGUGGCUACAUUUGACCAUCAUUGCCCAUUUCUAGGUGUCUGCAUAGGCGAAAAAAACAGGUUUUUAUUUUACUGGCUUCUGUUUUUUGUAGCUGCAGAGUGCUGAAUAGGAGCUGUAACUGCCUUGGCGUCGAUUAAUAUUGACACUUGGGAAACUGAAAAUAUACAAUUAAUAAUCCUAGGAAUUGUAGGGAUUAUUAUUGGGACACUUAUAAGUAUUCUUUGAACUUAUCAUUCAUAUCUGGCAAGCACAAAUUUAACGACCUGGGAAACUAAAAGCUGGAAAAAAAUCACCUACUUGAAUGGUUUAGAAAAAUCUAAAGGCUCACCAUUCUCUAAAGGCUUCAUAGGAAAUCUUGCAUAUUUUUGUAAAAUCCACAAGAGUAUCACAAAUUGGGCCUUUAUCAACAGAAAAAGUAAUGUAAAUUUGUAA